AGCAGACUCGCGCCAGUUUUUGCAGCUGCGCUCGAGAGUGUUGCAUCUUCAGUAAGGAAAACGUUUGCUAGAUAAAAUAUUCACACGUUUACUUUAGAAACGCGACUUUUUCACCACACUGCCGCGAUAAACAUGGCACCAAAGGAUUAUAUGGCGGAGAAGGAGAAGUGCAAGCGCUUUCUACAGGAGUUCUACAGCGAGGAUGACUCCGGGAAGAAGGUGUUCAAAUACGGCGCUCAGCUGGUGUCUCUGGCGCACCGCGAGCAGGUGGCUCUCGUGCUGGAUCUGGAUGAUGUGGCGGAGGAAGACCCUGAGCUGGUGGAGAGCGUGUGUGAGAACGCCAAGCGUUACACAGGACUGUUUGCGGAUGCGGUUCACGAGCUGCUGCCUGAAUACAGAGAGAGAGAGGUGGUGGCGAAGGACGCCUUGGAUGUUUAUAUUGAGCACCGGCUGAUGAUGGAGACCAGAGGUCGUGACCCCGCAGACACACAUGACCCCCGGAACCAGUAUCCGUCUGAACUCAUGCGCAGAUUCGAGGUUUAUUUCCGUCCUCCGUCCACGCUGAAGCCCAAGGUGGUGCGUGAUGUGAAGGCCGACAGCAUCGGUCAGCUGGUGACCGUCAGGGGAAUCGUCACCAGAGCCACGGAGGUCAAACCCAUGAUGGCUGUGGCCACCUACACCUGCGAUCAGUGCGGAGCCGAGACCUAUCAGCCGAUCGCCUCUCCCAGCUUCACGCCGCUCAUCAUGUGUCCCAGUCAGGAGUGUGUCACCAACAAGUCUGGAGGACGGCUGUACCUGCAGACACGCGGGUCAAAGUUCAUCAAGUUCCAGGAGCUGCGCAUUCAGGAGCAUAGCGAUCAGGUGCCGGUGGGAAACAUUCCUCGCAGUAUGACCAUUUACGCCCGCGGAGAGAACACGCGUGUGGCACAGCCUGGAGAUCACGUGGCUAUUUCUGGAAUAUUCCUUCCUCUGCUGCGCUCUGGAUUCAGACAGGCUAUACAGGGUCUGCUGUCAGAGACGUAUCUGGAGUGUCACUGCAUCACUCUGAUGAAUAAGACUGAGGAUGAUGAGCUGGGAACUGAAGAGCUGAGUGAUGAAGAGCUGCGGCAGAUCACAGAGGAGGACUUCUACGAGAAGCUGGCGGGAUCGAUCGCUCCAGAGAUCUACGGUCAUGAGGAUGUGAAGAAGGCUCUGCUGCUGCUGCUGGUGGGUGGAGUGGAGCAGGCUCCCCGUGGGAUGAAGAUCAGGGGGAACAUUAACAUCUGUCUGAUGGGAGAUCCAGGUGUGGCCAAGUCUCAGCUGCUGUCCUACAUCGACCGUCUCGCUCCUCGCAGUCAGUACACGACGGGCCGGGGCUCGUCUGGCGUGGGGCUGACGGCGGCGGUCAUGCGUGACCCGGUCACCGGUGAGAUGACCCUGGAGGGCGGGGCUCUGGUGUUAGCCGAUCUGGGCGUGUGCUGCAUCGAUGAGUUUGAUAAGAUGGCUGACGCCGACCGCACGGCCAUCCACGAGGUCAUGGAGCAGCAGACCAUCUCCAUCGCUAAGGCCGGCAUCAUGACGUCUCUGAACGCACGCUGCUCGAUCCUGGCCGCGGCAAACCCAGCGUACGGCCGCUACAACCCUCGCAAAACCCUGGAGCAGAACAUCCAGCUGCCGGCGGCGCUGCUAUCCCGCUUCGACCUGCUGUGGCUCAUCCAGGACAAACCUGAUACAGACAACGACCUGCGUCUGGCGCAGCACAUCACAUACGUGCACCAGCACUGCAAGCAGCCGCCCACACACUUCAGCCCCAUCCACAUGAAGCUCAUGAGGCGUUACAUCAGUAAGUGUAAGCAGAAGCAGCCGGUGGUUCCUGAGGCUCUGUCAGAUUACAUCACAGCUGCGUAUGUAGAGAUGAGGAAAGAGGCACGAGUCAGCAAAGACACGACGUUCACCUCGGCCCGAACACUGCUGUCCAUCCUGCGCCUCUCCACUGCCCUGGCUCGUUUGCGGAUGGUGGAUGUUGUGGAGAAGGAGGAUGUUAAUGAGGCCAUGCGACUGAUGGAGAUGAGCAAAGACUCUCUGCAGGCCGACAAGACCAACAACACCAGGGCACAGCGUCCCGCUGACGUGAUCUUCUCUCUGCUGCGAGAGCUGGCCGGUGAAGGAGCCAUGAGGUCUGUUCGUGUGUCCGAGGCCGAGCAGCGCUGUGUGUCUCGUGGAUUCACUCCUGCACAGUUCCAGGCCGCUCUGGACGAGUACGAGGAGCUGAACGUGUGGCAGAUAAACCAGGCGCGUUCACGCAUCACGUUUGUGUGAACACCAAGUGACUGGACGUGAUCCCAUGCAUUUGAAGCUUUCCAACUGAUGGUGUUGUGAUAAGGAUGAAGCAAGUUUCCUUUUAAAUCUGUUAAAUCACUGAAAUAAAUGUUGUAAAUAGA